AAGAUUUAUAGAUGUAUGUUGCGGUGGCAAAAUUGCAGUAGAAUUCUUCCUAUAUCCUUUAGAUUUUGUUAAAAUUAUCUGUCUUUAUCUUAGUUUGAAAUCCAUUAUCAUCCCACAAUAAAAAGUAACAACAAAAGUAAAUAUAGUAGUAUGAUUGGAUUAGGAUUUAGGAGAAAAAUCAGGAACAAUUUUUGGCAAUCUAAAUAUCACCCUCCUCUGUGCUCUCAUCUAUAAAAUCUCACCGCCUCUGUUCCUUUUAACCUCUCACACCCUUGCAAACUCUUUUAUCUCUCUCUUCCUAUAUUUUUCGAAUCAUACUAGUAUUCUUUGUUCAGAGAUAAACAACAAGAACUGUAACCAUGCUUGUCUACCAAGAUCUUCUUACAGGCGAUGAGCUUCUCUCUGACUCAUUCCCCUACAAGGAAAUUGAAAAUGGAAUGCUGUGGGAAGUGGAUGGAAAGUGGGUUGUUCAAGGAGCAGUAAAUGUAGAUAUUGGUGCUAACCCUUCUGCAGAAGGUGGAGAUGAGGAUGAGGGAGUUGAUGAUCAAGCUGUCAAAGUGGUUGAUAUUGUUGACACUUUUAGACUUCAGGAACAACCACCUUUUGAUAAGAAGCAAUUUAUUACAUAUAUGAAGAGAUAUAUUAAGUUGCUGACACCCAAAUUAGAGGCAGAGAAGCAAGAGUUGUUUAAGAAACACAUUGAGGGAGCAACCAAGUUCCUCCUCUCAAAGCUCAGUGACCUCCAAUUUUUUGUGGGGGAGAGUAUGCAUGAUGAUGGAAGUCUUGUCUUUGCAUACUACAAGGAAGGUGCUACUGAGCCAACUUUUAUCUACUUUGCCUAUGGGUUGAAGGAAAUCAAGUGCUGAACACAUGCCUUUAAGAUUUUAGAUUGUACUACAGGCCCCCUAGUUAUCAUAUUUGAGCUGAGAAGCUUUGUUUUUAAAUUCUAGUCAUUGUGUUUUAGGUUUUGGUUCAGUGUGUUUUAAGGAGGUUGUUUCCAGAGUUUAAUUUCGUAUCAGAGGAACAUUUUAUUAUAAUUGUUUUAAUCGACUAAUGUGUUUUUGUUAA